AUGUUUCGCAGAGUAAAUCCCCUCCGGUGCGCGCAGCACCGGUACCGAACCGCGGCCCCCGACCUCUCGUUAGAGGCUAAAAAACGGCCCAAGCGGGGUCAUCCCGCAGCAUUUCGUUUGAAAGAAGAAGGGGACCGGGAGAUUUCCAGUUCCCGGGACAGCCCCCCGGUGCGGCUGAAAAAGCCUCGCAAAGCCCGCACCGCCUUCACCGACCACCAGCUGGCCCAGCUGGAGCGCAGCUUCGAGAGGCAGAAAUACCUGAGCGUGCAGGACAGGAUGGAGUUGGCCGCCUCCCUCAACCUCACCGACACGCAGGUGAAAACGUGGUACCAGAACAGAAGGACCAAAUGGAAAAGGCAGACGGCGGUGGGCCUGGAGCUGCUGGCCGAGGCUGGCAACUACUCAGCCCUGCAGAGGAUGUUCCCCUCGCCCUACUUCUACCCGCAGAGUUUGGUCUCCAACCUGGACCCCGGCGCCGCCCUCUACCUGUACCGCGGACCCAGCGCUCCGCCCCCGGCCCUACAGAGACCUUUGGUGCCCCGCAUCCUCAUCCACGGACUGCAGGGCGGCAGCGAGCCUCCCCCGCCCCUACCCCCGCUGCCCGGCGUUCUGCCCCGGGCCGCGCAGCCCCGGUGA